AUGUCAAAAUCUCGUGGCAAUGUUAUUAAUCCUGACGAGUUAGUGGAAAAAUAUGGGGCUGAUGCUUUGCGCCUCUACGAAGUUUUUUUAGGUCCAGUCGAGCAAACAGCCAAUUUUGAUAUUAAUGGCGUGAAGGAAAUUGAAAAUUCGCCCGAAAUUCAAUUAGUUGACCCCAGCGUAGCACGGGUUAUCCAGGCAGGGGGCGAAAUUAGCAAGGAAUUAAAGCAAGCAAAAAUUAUUUUCUUUCCCAUAAAUAAUUCAAAAAAUCACGAAACGGCCAACGCCGGAAGCCACUGGACUUUGUUGGUUUGUGAUAAUAGAGCAAACGUUGGUGCCUUUGCUCAUUAUAAUUCGGCUGGUUCUAAUAUUCCAACUAAUGCUCAAAAGUUAGCAGAAAAACUUUGUGAAAAGUUAGAGGUAGAUAAAGAUUACUUGUCUCCUAAAAUUUAUAAUGAUUACGAGUACCCACAACAGACUAACGGCGCCGACUGUGGAGUUUAUGCAAUUGCUUAUACCCGUUUUUUAGUUAAUGAGUGGAAGAAGAAAAAAGAUCCUGGAAAAGCAAGUUUCAAAGAACAAGAUUUAAUUUUCACCAUUGCCGAAGAAAGACAAAAAUUAAAAGCGGCUGACUUUCCUAAAAAAGGCACUCCUGGAAAAGAUUAUGACAUUGGCGACGAUGUUGAUUAUUACGAAAAAACAAUUACUCUUCUGGAACAAAAAUUAAGUUCUGACAACAUUAGAAAAGACGAUUUGCUUAAAGAAUUAAAAGGUAAUAAUUAUUUGGCAACUGGGGAAACCAACUUAAAAGAAUAUAUUGAAGGAGCAACUACUCCAACCGAGUUAGAAAUUAGGAAAAAAAGGGUUCUAGAAAUUGUUGGAAGACUGGUUG